GGGGUGCGGGAGGGAAAAUGCGUUGUUUCCUGACGAAUUCGAUGGGAUAAUUACAAAAACGGGGUUUGAUCAUCAUGAGGGGUAUUGUGCACCCGAUUGCAGUGUGGGGAAGGAAAGCCCCAUCUCAUUCCAUCUGUGCUCUCAUGUUAACUGAUGACCAGCAAACCGUUGUGACUGGAAGUCAGGAAGGACAAAUUUGUCUCUGGAAUCUGUCCCCCGAUUUCAAGACUCAGCCGAGAAUCCUUCUGUUUGGUCACGUUUCAUCCGUUACCUGCUUUGCGAAAGCAAGUGAGAAACAGCCCUACGUGGUCAGUGCAGCAGAAAACGGAGAGAUGUGCCUGUGGAAUGUCACGAACGGUCAGUGCUUAGAGAACACCGUGCUGCCCUUUACUCACACUGCAAUCUGUUAUUAUUACCGCUCCUUUCGCAUGUCGGGUGAUGGCUGGCUGCUUUGCUGUGGACAAUAUCAGGAUGUCUUGGUCGUCGAUGCACGUACCCUGGAGGUUCUUCACGCUCUCAUCUCAUCUGUGACACCAGACUGGAUAAGCUCGAUGUGCAUCGUGUGUUCCCAGAGGAUUCAAGAGGACUCACUUGUUGGCAUCUCCGUGACGGGAGACCUGAAGGUGUGGGAUCUGUCCUCGUCUGUUAAUGGCGUGCAGGAGAGACAGAACAUAUUUGAAGCAGAGUCCAAGUCACUGCAAUGCUUCAAUUGCCGAACCAUCUGUUUUUGUACCUUCACCGAGAGGCUCCUGUUGGUAGUUUGUUCCGAUUACUGGAAGGUGUUCGACUACUGUGACUUCUCUCUGCUGUGCUCGGCCUGCAGCGGGGUUGGGCAACGGUGGGCGGGGGGCGACGUGUUGGGGGCCAACAAAAUCAUCAUCUGGACAGAGGACGGCCGAGGGUACAUCUACCAGCUGCCUGACAGGUGGGGUCAGAUGGGGAAACCGCAUGAAAAGUUCAGCAAUCUGUUCAAAAGUGGCAUCUUUACUGACGCGCAUUCACUGACUGAGCCAGGCUCCCCUCGCCUCCUGUGUGUGACCUCCGAUGAUGUUAACAGUAAGGCGGUUUUAAUUUUCAUCAACGAACGCAAGGAACCAUUUUAUAAGAUCCUGUUCCGCGGAGAAGCCUCAGGAAAGCUUUCCAUGUGGCACAUUCCCGAUGUUCCCAUGGCCAGGUUCGACGGGUCCCCACAAGAGAUUCAGACAGCUGCAACUUUGAGCCUUCAAGAGGCCUUUGAACAGCCCAAGUUUGUGUCUGAAGAACUGAUCGACCAGCUGGGGGUCCUGCCGGACCGAAUCCAGACGUCUCUGAUCACCACCAGCGUUUACGUGGCCAACCAUGACAAGCUGGCGUGUGGCUGUGAAGAUGGGAGGAUUAUCAUCACCCUGGGGUUACAUGCUGCCAGAGCACAACUCCUGGCCGAACAUUCCCUGCUGAAAGCCUGGUUACCCCACAGGAUCCUUGUUGGCCAUCAUGGCAGAGUAACCUGCCUGCUCUACCCUUACACUAAAUCUGCCCGCUUUGACCCCAGCUGGUUGGUGUCCGGAGGUGAGGAUUCCAGUGUGAUGUGGUGGAACAUGUUCAAAGCCGAGCUUUUGCACAGUUUCGCACUGCACGCAGGCCCAGUGCUGAAUCUCUUCGUGUGCCCUGAAGACUGCAAUCCCGAGGUGCAGCAGAGUAUUUGCUGCUUAGCAAACGACAACUCUGUAGCUCUGCUCAGCCUCCAAUGCCGAACGAGCCUGAUCCACGCGAGGAAACACCUCUCCCCCGUGAGGACAAUCAAGUGGCGUCCGGGAGAGGACCUCAUGGUGGUCGGAUGUGACGAUGGCUCGGUUUACGUCUGGGACAUCGAGACUGGUGCCCUGGAUCGGCACGAGACCGGCAACACGGCCAAGUCAAUCCUGAGUCUCUGCGAAUACUCCCCAGCCUCGUCCGUGCACACACCGGAGUCGCUGUCAGCGGGAGCCAGGCCUUUUGAUCCAACCAAGAAGAAAGCCGCCAACGCCAGGCAAUGCAGCAGAUUCGGUGUCCCACCACCCCCGCUCCAGGCUGAAGACACUUCCAAGUAUUCAGAGAAGUUCGCGUUCAGUGUCCUGCCCGUGAAGACGAAAUGGACAGACAGCGCCAUCCACGUUCUGCUGUUUGACGUUGAUGCUAUUUGCAAGCAGCUGCUUUCUCACCAGGAGCAGGGGCCCAAGGGGCAGAGCUCCUCACACGGGAGCAGCGAGGUGCUGAGGAGGAUCACCAAUGCCGACGGGAAGAAGCCCCCGCCGGCCUUAAAGAGAAGCAAGCCUGCCCCCGUGUGCCAGGCAAACGGGCCGGUGAAAGAUUUGGUUCAGGAGCAUCUGUUUUGCAACGAGGGCAAUGCGAGCGCGUUGGCGAGUGAAAGCGUUAACGUCAGUAAGCAGAAAAUCAAGCCCAAAGGGGCUAAGAAGACGAAACCGCCGGUGGUGAAAAAAAUGGACAUCAACAUGACCACCGAUACAGCUAAGCUGCUCAUUUCCUGCCUCUUUCCCUGGGGCGUGGACCGAGACCUUGACGAGCUGUGCGUUAAGCAUCUGGGCUUGUUUGAGCCUCGCUGCCCAGUGUCCUUUGGCCUGGUGUCACAGGAUGAUUACCUGUCCCUCCUCUUGCCAGGCUGGCACCAAGUGAAUCGAGAGGCGCCGAAGGAGUACUCCAUGUGCAACAAAAUCUCCAGCAAAGUGGAGGAACUCGCAAGGCAGGUCUUAAACAUGACCAGGAUGUGUGUCGUCCUCCCGGCAGAGGAGACCCUGAGCAAAGCGGAUGGAAACUUUCAGCCAGAAGCAACGUCCUACUUGCUAUCUGUCAUCUUGCUGGUCAACAUACAGAUGAGAAUGCCUUUUCUGUCCAAAGGGAAUGAAAGGCAUAAUAACACAGUCAGGCAGCAGUUAAUCGACUCGCUGCGGGGCAAAGGAGUGGAGAUUUCCCAGUCAGCAAUCCCUGCGUUUUCUGCAGAAGGGUUUCACAGCAGAACAUUUUCACCAUUCUGGGGUCUAAGUAAAGAGAAGAGCUUUGAUGUCCUUACAAACCUGGUCGCCAGUUGGCAAGCCCAAUCGGUGGAGCUGUUAGAAGCUGUGCAAGCCUUGUUGCUUUCCGAAAUCCAGAGAGUUCUGAGAGCCACGAGAAAGCCUUCCAUCACCAAUGGUCAGGACGUAAUCAAAGGACAGAAUGGAAACAGCGAGACAAAGACCUCUGUCAAGAUUGAACCAAGUGAGCUCCAGGUGACACAGAAGACUCCAGGGAUAGUCAUGCCUGCUUCUGUCAAUGUGGUGCUGCGCGAAAGCCAAGCCGUGGCCAAGGAACGAGAGGCUGAGGACCGGCCUGACCGAUGUGCCUGUGAGAAGUCUGACAGUCCAGAAGGGGAUGACCAUUUUCUCCGAUGGAAUCGGAUGCUCUGGCGUAUCUCCAAACCACGAUCCCUGCAUUUCCACUUGAGGCAACGGAUCACAUUCCGGAACUGGAAUGAGGGACGUCCUUUCCUAAAUCAUCAAACUUCGAGCUCACGGCUGGCGGGAGGGAGGGGUGGGAGUGGGGGGAAUGAUGGUUUGAGCCCAUCAGAAGCCCAGGUACUUGAGGUGAAGUGGAAGGCCAGACACAUAACCAGCCCCAUUACAUUUACAGCAUCAAACGCAACAAAAUGGAAGAGCGCCGGUGGGAGAGUGAAGGCUUCUGAUCCAGUCCUGUGAGUGACUGGUGCACCACUUCUGCAGCUAACCAGGUUGCAAAGAAGCUCAACAGGCGAAAGAAAGCACACACACCUCCCCAACCCCCACCCCCUCCCCAAAAAAAAGAGUCUCCGGUUAAUCUGCUCAAACGGCAGCUGUUGGCUUUUGGAGUCUUCAAGCGUCACCUUUGACAUGUCCCCUUUUCAAUCAGGAACGACCUCCAGCAACUGACCACUCUCCACAGCCCACAAAAGAGGCGAAGACGACGCCGGGGCUCA